UUAAGUGUGCUAUUUAUUUUAACCCGUUAAUUUUGCUACGUUUGCCGAAUUUUUAUUUGACUCCUUAACUUGAAAAUACAGCUUCAGUUUACAGAAAGGGAGAAUGACACCUUAAGAUGUCAGCUGGAAAAAAUGUUGCAGAAGAUAACGCCUCAAGAAAGCAACCUAGAACAGCUGGAAUCUAUAAAAGCUGAACUGGAGGAAAAGACGUCUUCUCUCAAGAUCUAUCAACAAACACAACUGGAGUAUGUCCGUUUUAAGGAAGAGUGUGAAAAAAGUGAUUUGGUGAAGAAGAAACUGGAAGCAAAGUUAAGGAAGGUGGAAGAAUCUGCUGAGAAGAAUUUGACAUGCUUUAAACAAAUGAAGAUGGAAAAGAAGGUUCUUGAGAAAGAACUGAAACAAAUGCAGAAAAAGCUUGAUGAUUUUCAGAGCAGCAAAAGAAAAAAAGGGAUGAAAAAUACACAGACACAAACUGGAGAGGCUUUUGUAAAUGUAGACAAAAGGAAAAUUAAGCUUCUGCUGGAAGAACUGUGGGAAUGUAUCGAUUCUACAACGGACAAUAGCAAUAAUGAGCUGCAUCUGUUAGAUGACCGCCUUCUCAAAUCCCCAGAUCUAAAAGCCAGAGACCGGAAGAAUGGGAAAAGAGGUAGAAACCUAAAAAGCAUAGAUGAAUGUACAAUGCCUCCUAGCCACAGCAGCCCCUUUGUUGUGAGUCAGAUGCAGAAGACACCAACUCAGUUACCCUUUAGCCAAGCAUUACAUGAACACAAAAACUCUGAGGAAGGGGCUGCAGACUGCAAUGGAGACAGUGCCUUCUAUGAAGACAAAACCACAGACUUUUUUGUUCCCAGAGAUUUUAUUCAUAGUUACUCCACAGUUUCUGAUGUUGAAAGAGACUCUGAGUUUCUACAAAUUCUGGACUGGGCAAAACCGCUUCCACCUCUUCUGUCUCCCAUACGAUUUUCUCCUACACAGGAUUUGUUUGGAGAAAUGACAGAUUUGAGUGCUAGAGAAGAAGGUGACUGUACAGAACCAUUUUCACCAAUUUGUUCCAUGGAGUAUGUUAAAUCAGAUGAAAGUCCAGACUGUGGUAAAGAUCAGACAGACCAUGAAUCUCGCACAAACUUACCAGUUGCAUUACAAGAGAGGACAGAGACACCCAAAGAUUUGAAUGAUAUAGGUGAUCCAAAGGAGACCGAUACAGAUAACCCUGCUGAGUGUGCAGUAUUGUGCAUGGAGAGCUCCAACCAGGUUGCACCAGCAGCAGAAACGCAAGACGAGGGACAUGAUUUAUUAACCGAUGCAAUUCAAGUACCAACACCUCCAGAGUUAAAGGAAGCUGUGUGUGAGAACUCAACUCAUUCUCAAAUUGAGGGCGGAAAAUGCCAUGAAGAGCCUUCACAAUCCAUGUGCACUGGCUCCUUUUCUGAAAACAUAUCUACAAAUGACUUGGACGUACCUUUAUCAUCUGAAGAUGCACAAACGGCUCAGGCAAUCCCUGAAUGCAACAAUAAUGCAUCUGUUUUGCGGGAAGAAUAUCAAGAAACUAGCAGUGCCUCCGUUCCUAAGGUGGAGAGGGAUAUGUCUCGCCACACGUUUGACCCCAUUCAAAGGCCUAAAGAGUUUGCCAGUGAGCUAGAAAUUCAGGAAGAGACAUCUGAAUUAGGGCUCCAAUCAAAGGAUAACGUCCAACCAAACAAAGACAAUUUGGAUUUCCCAUGUAGCUCAUCGGCCAAUUCACACAUUUUAUUUGUAGACAAAUGUGCUAAUGCCGUUCUGCCAUCUACUGUUAACAGAAAUGUUGACUGUUUGGAACACAGUAGUAUUGCAGAAUGUGAGGUCUUAUUUGACAGACUGAACUUAAUGUCUAGUAGCUGCGACUUGGUAUCUGAUUCCACACAAGACGGAAGUUCUCAUGCUUGUGCGCCAACUCUACCUGUACAGUCUGAAAAUGAUUCAGCAAGUGAUGACGCAAACACUAAAAGCAAUGAAAAGGGCACAGAACAAAUACCUUGUACCGAAGAUUUGCUCUCGUCUGCAAAAUGCUAUUCUGACAAUAAAGGUCAUGCUCUGACUGCGGAUGGUUUGCCUAGUGUCUUUGUCAAACGCUUUUCUAAAGACGCACAAGAAGAUGAACAUGCUAGCAGCAGUUCAGUUCUGACAGUCUCAGCUCCGUUAGUAAAUGAAGAAGAUGAGGAGCCUAUGCAAUGGGAACUCACGGAAUCAAAGGAGGAACACCCAGAGCCUGAGUUGGAAGAGAAGCAUGAAACCAUGGCAAUGAAAGAUAAUCAAGGGCUAAACUGCGAAACUAGUGACAAAAUUACCUCAUCCUGUACAAAGGAGGAUUGUACAAAGGAGUGUGACAUGGCAAACUAUGUUAAGAAUGAUCAAUUACUUUCUUUGGAUCGCUUAGAAAACAAGGUAUUGCAACAUGUAAACACGGAAGACCAAAUAGAUGUUGAAAACAAACCUGUGUCUACAUCAAUUCACAGCCAAGACACAAUUCUUGUUUCUGGAAAAACAAUUCUUAAAGAUAGCAACUCCCUGACCUCCUGUGAUACUGUUUCUCCUGAAGAAUUUGUUGCGGAGCAACCCGUUACAGAUUUUAAUAACAGUGAUUCAGCGCCUUUUUACAACAAAUUAUCAGAAGAUUCUCAUAAUACUGAAAUACCUAUAAACUCCAGGAUAGAGCCAAAUGUAGUUACAGCUGAAUUGGACAGUACUGCACAAGAAAACAUCGACAAUAGCAAGUCUAAAGAUAGUGACUCCCUGACCUCCUGUGAAACCGUUUCUCCUGAAGAAUUUGUUGCGGAGCAACCCGUUACAGAUUUUAAUAACAGUGAUUCAGCGCCUUUUUACAACAAAUUAUCAGAAGAUUCUCAUAAUACUGAAAUACCUAUAAACUCCAGGAUAGAGCCAAAUGUAGUUACUGCUGAAUUGGACAGUACUGCACAAGAAAACAUCGACAAUAGCAAGUCUAAAGAUAGUGACUCCCUGACCUCCUGUGAAACCGUUUCUCCUGAAGAAUUUGUUACGGAGCAACCCGUUACGGAGCAAACAGUUACGGAGCAACCCGUUACGGAGCAAACCCUUACAGAUUUUAAUAGUGAUUCAGCACCUUUUUACAACAAAUUAUCAGAAGAUUCUCAUAAUAUUGAAAUACCUAUAAACUCCAGGAUAGAGCCAAAUGUAGUUACAGCUGAAUUGGACAGUACUGCACAAGAAAACGUCGACAAUAGCAAGUCUAAAGAUAGUGACUCCCGGACCUCCUGUGAAACUGUUUCUCCUGAAGAAUUUGUUAAGGAGCAAACCGUUACGGAGCAACCCGUUACGGAGCAAACCCUUACAGAUUUUAAAAGUGAUUCAGCACCUUUUUACAACAAAUUAUCAGAAGAUUCUCAUAUUGAAAUACCUAUAAACUCCAGGAUAGAGCCAAAUGUAGUUACUGCUGAAUUGGACAGUACUGCACAAGAAAACGUUGACAAUAGCAAGUCUAAAGACAACAUAUCGCUGAAUUCCAUUAGUACCUCAAAUAAACUGGAGAUACUCCCGUCAGCCAAGGAAAUUAUUACACCAGACUUGUUACAAACCGAUAUUGACGCCUCUACUAAAAGUAACCGCAGUGGUGAGCUACAUGAUGAGCAGAGCCGGACGGUUCUCCCGAACAGUAAUGAAUUUGCAGACCAAACAAGUGCCCUGCUGCCUAGCACUGAAGAGAUUUCUGAUCGUAGUACUGAACAAAUGUUGAAAGACAACAUUAAUUCUCUUGAGCACAAUCCUAGCUCUCCUAAAUUUACCACCACUGACUCUGAAUCCGUGACUGACACUGAUGAAAAAGAUGAUUCCACAAAUGUAGACUUAAGUGACACCGUUGUAUGUCAUAAGCAAGUGUCUAUUGAGGUAGAUGUCAAGCUUUUACCAGAAGAAAAAAAUCUUAAUGUACCUUCAGAUACAGAGAAACCUGUUGUGUGUGGGGAAGACAGCAUAGCUUGUCCCCUGAAAGAAAGCCAACAAAAUGCAGUAACGGAUAUGAAGAUUCAUGAAGAACUUUGCAUCGAACCAGGCGCAGCAGAAAGCAGUGAUGAGUCAGAAGAUGACACCCCUAUCCGUAAAGUCAACUAUAAAAGUAUCAAUCAAAAUAAUCUCUUUAGCACUAGGACAAAUCUAAAAAGCAUUGACAGCGAUGACCAAGUAAAAAGCCAUUCAGUCACCGAAGGUCCUUCAAAGACAGUGGAAAUUGCUAAUUUGCCACACAGUUUGAAAAACGAUUUAAAUGUGGUGAGAGCUGAAGAAGAUGCAUGUGUGCAAGCUGAAACUGUUCAAAAGGAGAAAUUCUGCAAUAUAUUUUCUAUUGCAAAUAUUGAUGCUGACUGUCUGAAAGAAAAUGUCGCUGAACGUGAUUCCAAACCAGUUACUUCUCCAGUGGUCCCGGUUAGGGCUGAAAUUAAUAACCCCUUGAGUGACCAAAAAUAUGCAGAUCCUGUAAGUAUUACCGCACAGCCAGAAAAAGAUUUGCUGUCUUGUGAUAAAGGAAACGAGAGGCGUUUUAUCAAAGAACCAAGUGAUGGUGAUGAUCCUGCCCUUCCUGGUCAGGUAGAGUCCCUCAACAACAAUAUUGCUGAACAAACAGCUAGUAGUAGCUUUGUGGAAGCAAACUGCAUAAGGACGGCACCUGGUAAAAACCUCAUAUGGAACUUGAAUAGAUCAGACAGAUCUGAGCGUAGAGCAAUUUCAGGUAAAUCUAUACGUUGCAAAGUACCAUCUGAGAGAAAAACUGUUUUGUUAGGAGAUAAAUCACUUGCUAGCAACAGUAGUACAGAUUCAGAUCAAAGAGAACACAAUAGGAGCACUGGUGUAGUAAGUCCUGUGCAUAAUAUUCCAGCUGUAAGAAAAGACUGCCCCUCACAGAGGGUUACCCGAAGUAGAAACCAGUCACAAAAUGCUUCAGUGGGGCAGACCGUCCUGGCAAAUGCUGACACAUCCACCAGCACAGAACAUUCACCAGAAACAUUAAACAAGGUCCGGUCGGAGAUGGGUCCACCACUUCCGCCCUUACUAGGCCCUUUGUUAGCAACGCCUCCUAGAAGUCUUAGGCCUAUAUCCCCAAUUAUGUCUUCCUCAAGUCGGUCUUCCUUGCCGUCUCCUCUUGACGACUUGAUAUCCCCAUUAAGAGAAACGCCAGUUCCCCCGCUGAUGUCCCCGUUGUCUGACAGCCGAAGGCGCAAGUCUCCUAUGUUCAACACUCCUUCCCCAUCAGAGAAAACAAACAGAAGAAUUUUGUCUUCGCCCUUACAGUUUUGCGCAGCUACCCCAAAGCAUGCCCUUCCUGUCCCUGGAAGGUUGCCCCCUUCUGCAACUGGAAAUUCAGGAGCCACUGUUCAAGAAAACUCUGUUAAAAUCCUUGAUACCAUGUAUCCAGAGUUGUCUGCCAGGGCAAGGACACUGAACAUCCUAAAGGGUAACGUUCAGCUCAACAGGUGUUUACCUGGAGAUUGCAGAAAUGUGCCAGUGAGUCAGAUAUCGGGGUUCAAAGCAAUAACAUCAACAUCUACAGCUUUCAUUAAAACUGGGAGUAGCACAAAAGGAAGUACCAACAAAGACAAGCAAAAAGAUUGUGAAAGCCUGCAGUUAUCCAGCAAUAAAAGGACUAUAGAUUCUGUCCCGAUGCCAAAAAGUGCUAAACGAUUACGACUAGAUAGCGAAUCACCGGUGACGGAGAAUCUGAAAGACUGUUUCACUGUUCCUGCAAGUAAGGGCCAACUGGAAGAGAAAAGGAGGCCGUCUUGUGACCUUAGUGGCCCUGAUCCCAUUAAGGGCAAAGUAAAAGCUGGCCAACCUGAUGAAGAUGCUGUGACGAGUGCACUAAAGAAAAUAGAGGAGUUGUGCUUUGACCUUUUACCUGUUAUUAGAAGUCAUAUACAUGUAGGCACCGUUCCAUGCGUUCCAGUGAUGAGAAACGAAGAAAAAGAAGUUGUUUAUGAAUUUAGCCAUACUAAAAAGGAUUUAUCAGGACAUUUCCUAAACACUAUUUUGAAAACCAUGAAAGCCGGAAAGACCUCUUUGGACGGCAAGUAUCUCCAGGCUCUUUGCAGAGUUUAUGUAGGAUUAUGUCGUCAGCUUGGAGACCUCGAGAGGGCACGUGUCUUGUGUUACAACAUUAUUAAAGAAGGUUUUCCAGAGCCAGAGAAGUUGCUCCUGUUCGCAGUAAGCACAUGGAGUGAGAUGUUUUCUUUUCACGGUGUAAUCUGUAAGGCCAUGCAGGCACUUCUUAAAUAUCUGGCAAAAGAAGAUGUUUUGGCCUGUCUUCGUGCCUACCUGAAAUGGGAAAAGAGUCCUGCCAUGAACAUAAACACUAUGCUGCCCAGCAUACUGAUGGCCAUACAAAUGUAUCCUGAUGUCAAAUUCCAAACAAGCGAGCAAUAUGGAGAAGAUCUGCCAGACCACAUAUGGGAGUAUGUGUUUGCAGUUGACGUGUUGUGCUGUCACUACAAAUGGACUUGGACACAUGACAAUGUUAUAAGUAAAGAACUCUGGCCAAUUCUGGAUAAGUGGAUUAAACAUAAAAAGGGCAAUGUGAAUGUUCAGUUUGUCCCCGACAUCACUGUAGCCACUGUACUUCGUCUUCUUGGCCGUCUCUGUCAGAUGGGUUUGAAAGAAGGCUCUGUCACUGCUGUGAAAAACAUUGCCUCCGCUAUCAUUGCUUUUAUUAUGCAUGCAAACCAAGAAGGUAUGCCCUGGGGUAUUCAGUUGGCUUCGGUGUACAUGCUCCGUGACCUGUGCCCUUGUGAUCCAGCUGCCGUACACAAGACACUAUGCGCAUGGAAAGAGAGCGCUACUAACACAAUUCCGCCUGCUGUUACAAGCUGCAUUUCUCAGGUGGCAUCCUUGUGCAACCCAGAGAAAUAACGCUUUUAUUCUAUUGGUUACAGAAGUGCCUUUCUUACUAUUACUGUUUGCACCUUUUUGCAGUGUAAGGAAACAAGCCAUUACCUGUUUAUUCAAUUUGACUUUGUUAACAUUUUCAUAGACAAGAGCAUUGUAAAUCUGUAAAUUGUAUUAUACUUUUUGUAAAUGUUUUGUAGAGUAUAUCGUUUGAAAAUGUACUGGGUUGCAACAAAGCCAGUAGCAUUUACUUUUUUUUAUGUGGUUUACUUUUUUAAUUAACAAAAUACUUUACUUUUCUGUGUUUUUGCUAAGUAUAUAUCCUUUCUAUACUUAGCUUAUCAGACAGAUCAUGCAAAUAAUGACGUGGUCUCUGAUUGGUCCACCCCCCUUAUUUGAGCCCAAUCGAACUGCACUUGAUCUCUCUUCUGAACCCAUAGAGAUGCGUUACUAUUUUUUUUUGUUGUUCUAUGUGUAAUCUAUGUCCAGGGUAAUACAUUUGCCGCAUUGCUGAUUUCAGUUGAGGUAAAGCAUAAUGGUCACUUUUGUAUAGAAAAAAUCUCCCCAAAUAGUGUUAGGUGGUCAGUUGGUCUGAUUUUGUUUUUUGUUUGUUUUUUUAAUUUUUUAUUUAUUGUUUAGCUGCCAGGUACUGGGCUUCCAUUGUUUCCCUUUUUGUCAUUGUGAUGCUCUUUGCUGUUGAAUAGCCAUUUUUGAAAAGCAAAAACUUCUCUUCCAUAUUUGUCCAUCUGAAAAUAUGGAAUCCCUCUGGUGUAUGUGUUCAUUUUAAUGAAGCUUACAUUUGGGCUAGUGAGGCAAAUGCACUUUUAAAACGUUUUAAUUGAUAAUUACAAGCAUUUUGCCAUAAGUUUGUGGUUCAUUCUAGGUAGCCGGACUUGUGUAUGUCAUUAGAGAAGGUGUUAAGAAAUAUUGUUUCCUGUUUAGUAUAUGGGUAAUUAAUCACAUCAGACAGCUUUUUAUUAGAAUCAAGUAUGAAGUGUGCUGAAUAGAAAAGAUGCUGCACAAUGUAUGGUGUGACACGUGUGUAGUGUUACCGGACAGUCUCACAAGCACAUUUAAUAAAACAGACAGCUGCUAUUAUUGCCAUUGGAAAUAGCAUUUUUGCAUAGCACUUUUUUUUGUAAUACAACACGAGAAAAGCACACAAGUAAAUUAGAGAAAAGGCGGGUUUUUAAGCGACUUGUUGAUCAUGACCGAUGUAAGAUCGUAGGAAGUAUUA